UUCCCUUUCCACUCGCGCUACGUCAGCAGAUGGGGCGGACGCAUGAGGCGGCGAGCGCGUUUUGCGGUUUUGCCCGUCGCCGCGACACGACGCAUCCGCGCGUCCGGAUCGCGCUGGUGCGCGUUGAUCGCGCGUCUCCAGAAACUCAUUCCCCGGCGCGUAUGUACAGUCGUACAUCUCUUCGCUGUUCAGUCGGACGUGUUUUCCUCGCUGUGAAAAGAAUCCCGCCGCGAUGCCGUGCAAAUGCUGUGUACCUCGAUGCCGCGGAAACUACACGGGGGACACGAAGGUGCACGUCUUCAAGUUCCCGAGAGAUCAAGCUCUAAGGGACGCUUGGAUUCGCGCUGUGCCACGGGAAAACCUCACGGUCACCGAACAUUCCAGGGUAUGUGAACUUCAUUUCAUGGACGAGGACAUUAUUCGAGACGCGACGCAUACAGAUCAAGCAACUGGCCGCGUAAUGACAGUGCCGCUAUCUCAUGUGCGCCUUCGCCCAGACGCUGUACCGUCGAAGUUCCCGAAUCAUUCGAGCUACUUGUCCAGAAAGACCGCGAGGAGGGAAGAUCCUGACUCCAAGCGCGCGCGAAUAGAGAAUGCAGCCCUUCAGAAAGCCAUCGCUGAAUCCAACGAGGCAUUUAUCAGAGCACGCGAGGAGGAUAAAGUCAACAGUGUGAGCGAACUUGCCAACCACUUAAGGAGCCAAGGGAUGAAGUUCUGGGAUGUUAUCCAAAGAAAUGAAAGGCUUCUUCUCAUUCACAUUGUCGACGAUGAAGCACCGUGGUUGAAAUACUCUGUUUGCGUGAAAGGAGAUUUGAGCGUGACACUACACGUUAUGAAAACGGCCGUAAAAAAGCUCGGUGCAAAUCUCUGCGUUCCCGAAAUCGCUAACAGUAAAAGAGGUAUGGUGGAACUCCUGGAAGCUCGUAGUACCCGGAAGACUUCCAUAAUGGAUGACGUGACAGACAUAGUCAAGAAUAAUGGCGGCUCGGUGUUCCACGUCACUAAUCUCAAGAUUUAG